AGAGAUAGAGAGAGGGGGCGGGGGCGCGCUUUCCGUGUCUGGUUAGUGGACUGACAGCCAGCUGUGCGGCUACAACGACAACAACAACCUCCUGGAUUUUUUUGUUUUGUCGCUACUGAACAACUAGAUUAGGAUCGGUCUGCUACCGAGCAUAACCGCACACUAUUAUAGCCAGUUUUUAUUUUUUAAAGUUGACUCCUCCUCGACCAGGCACACACACACACACACACACACACACACAGCUAUAAUAACCAGUAUCAUCGGCGGGUUUCUGUGCUGACUAGCCUUGAAGAGCAUUCCUCCAACAUGAAUCCGUUGUGUAGCAGAUGUAAUCUAGUCGUUUACCCCACGGAAAAAGUGAAUUGUCUGGACAAGUACUGGCAUAAAGGAUGCUUCAGCUGCGAGGUCUGCAAAAUGACUCUAAACAUGAAGAAUUACAAAGGCUUCGAGAAGAGACCAUACUGCAAUGCACACUACCCCAAGACAAACUUCACCUGUGUGGCUGACACUCCAGAGAACCUCCGCCUCAAACAGCAGAGCAAGAUGCAGAGCCAGGUUCUCUACAGGGAGGACUUUGAGAAGAAUAAAGGGAAAGGAUUCCACGUGGUCACAGACACACCAGAGUUGCAGAGAAUUAAGAAAUCGCAGGACCAAAUCAGUAAUAUAAAGUACCACGAGGAGUUUGAGAAGAGGAAGAUGGGAGGAGAUGCCCCACAGCCGCCGAGCAACCCCUCUUCAGCAGCUUACCAGCCUCCUGCAGCCUCUCAGAACUACAACUAUGAGCCUGCUGCUGAACCAGUGCGCCCCGCUGCUGCCGCCCCACCUCCAAGUGCCGGGAAGCGGUACAGGGCCGUGUAUGACUACUCUGCUGCCGACGAGGACGAGGUGUCCUUCGUGGACGGGGACGUGAUCGUAGACGUGCAGCAGAUCGACGAGGGCUGGAUGUACGGCCGCGUCGAGCGCACCGGCCAGCAGGGCAUGCUGCCUGCCAACUACGUGGAGGCCAUCUGAGUGAGAGGGAAAGAAAAAAAAAGAGGAAGAGUGAAAAAGGAGGAGGAGAUAGAGAAAGGGAGGGAAAGAAGGAAAGGAAAAGCCCAGUGCCAUCUCAUCUUAAUGCCGCUUUCUCUUGAUUUUACUCUUGUUCCUUAAUCUGUCCUGUGAGACCCUGAACACCCCCCCUGCCCCUUCCUUUUCUGCAUCCCUGCUCUGCUCUCACUGUUCAGCUCGCUAACCACAGACUUUCUCUUAACUGUUGGUCUGUCUUUAUCCGUCUGUCUGCCUGCCUCUCUGUUUCGUCUAUCUGUCUCUGUGCUGAUGUCCGUCUCUGUUUUGGAUGUCCCCGUCAUCCUCUUUAUCGUUUUCCCAAUCCUGGCUCCACUCUCGUGCUGUCACAACAAGUGGAAAUUUAGUCUUUAACAAAAAAAAAAAAAAAAAAAAAGAUAAACUCACAAAUUUCAUUGAAGUAUGUCAGGGGUCAUGUUGUGUCACACAGCUCCAUCCUAGCUAUAGCACUUAAUCAUCAUGCAAAAGUAAAGAAGAUAAAAAAAGAAAUGUUGAAAAAAAAAAAAAAAAAAACCUUUUCCCCACGAGUCCGUCAACACGUGGUUUCCAUGGCAGCAAAACAGCUGCUGACAUUAUUCUGUGGACAAAAUAAGUUUGGAGUGUGGGUGGGUGUGGCAUUUUCAUAGGCCUGCUUGGGUUUUUUUUUUUUUUUGUAUUUUUUUUUUUUUUCUCUGUCUUUAAUUUUGCAGCGUGAUCUUGGCCAGACUGGAAAACACAGUGCAGAAUCUCAGUCUAUCAAAACUAAGCUUGAAUAUUUUGACUUGUGUACAUUCCUUUAACCUCUAACCCUGUUGCUGUUGCAUCAAUCAGCCAGUUAUCAGUCUUAACAGAGAGGUUUUUAAUAUAUUUAUAGAUAGAUGACGCCGUUUUUUUUUUUUGGUUUUCUUUGCCAUUGUGUGCUAAACUACGCACCCUUCUGUGUUCAGCACUGCAUUUGUGUGGGUAUUGUUGUGAAACUGGAAUCGUAGCCUAACUGAAGAGCACCUCCUGUCGCGGCCUCUCUCUCUCAGGCGUGUCGCGUACAGGAGGGAUCAGGGACAAGUUAGGGGGACGUUAUCAGUCCGUCUACGGCCGCACUGAAUAUCGCAUCACCUCAGCUGGUGUGGAUAUACAGUAUAUACACCGCUAUUCCUGUUUUUUGCAGCCUGAAUGCCUUCAGUCCUGAUUGAAUCACAAAGUUAUGGCUAACGAGGCUUAAACUGCUCGGAGAACGGAGAUCGGUCAAGUCCUUCCCCCUUUGCUACAAAAUCACCGCCAGAAAAAAGAACCCAUUUAAAAAAGGAGGAGGCCAAGCACAACUCUAUAUUGUGAAUCUUUUUUUUUUUUUUUUUUUUUUUUUUUAAACUUUUUCCACUGUUUAUUUUUUUUUUUGUGAGUGAACAUUCCAGUCUUUUCUUUCCAUGAGAUGUGAGUGAAAUUGUUGAAAUCCUCGGCUGUGGUAAAUGUUGUUGUUUUGUUUUUUUCCUUAAUGCUGUUCUUCCUUUUUGCCUUUCUUGUAUUAUUGUAAGAUGCUUAUUUUGAAAGAGAGAGAGAGAGAAAGAGAAAAAAAAAUCAAGUGUAUUAAAUGAAUAAACAAACCAGCAACUCAAUGAUGAAAUAUGAACCAAGGCAGAGGAAUUUAUCCAGACUUGUGCAGUCACAGUAUUAGAUUAGUCAUGGGGGUUUAAUCAGCUUGCAGAUUUUUCGGGGGGUCAAGAGCAAAGAUGGCCCGCCUGUUGGAGAAGUCAGAUGAAUGCCUGCUCGGUCAAGCCAGAUCGUAAUUAUUAUUUCUCCAUUCUGCUGUUUGUUAUUCAGGAGCUUCUAUUAAAGAGUAAUGUUACAGGGAUGACAUGUAUAAAUAUCCCUGAAUUAAAGAAAGUUAUACUGGACGCUCUGGUCAUUAAAUAAAACAUCAGACCUGUG